AUGCGGCGGCGAAAACUAGGGGCGCGCGCGCGCCUCUCCUCUUCUCUCACAUCCUCUGGUAUCUGCAUCGGAGACCUCUCUGCUCGAUUGCUCCGUCCCGCCUGCGUUCGCCGUGUCCAGGAGCGGGAGCCGGGAGGACUGUUAGCAGUUCUUGGGCGGAGCGGGAGAAGAUCGAGAGAGACAGAGAGGUCGAAAGAGCCGCAUCGCAUGGGGCAGUGCGCGUCCCGUCCGGAGCCGGCGGCCGGCGGCGUUGGCGGCGAUGGGAGGAGGGGGUGCCUGGCGGUGGCGCGGGGGCAGCGGUCCCGGUUCUACAUCUUCCGGCGCUGCGUGGCCAUGCUCAUCUGCUGGCACAAGUACAAGAAGAUCUGA